AUGUCUGCCGCUUCAGUACAACAACCUAUCAUCCCUCCCCGACCCUCUAGGAGUACGGAAAAGGAGGAGAACACGAAUACUUCCUCCCUGCCCAAGAUUCCUCCUCGUCCCAUCAAGCGUUUCGAUCGCUCCAUCUCCCCGAACCCCGAUCGCUUUGCGCCUUCGCCUUUGAACGAGAGCCCGUUCUCUAAGAGUCCCAAGGCCACUCGCUCCUCCCCGAGCAAUGGGUUCCUUUCCUCAGAACCUGUCCACCGCCCGGCCAGCGUUUCUAUGCCGUCUGUUGGCGAGGAGGGCAACGAAUACGAUGUCGUCAACGAGGGCCUUGCCAAGGCACCUGCCUCUCCAGAACACACCCGCUUUGCUGCCGAGGACCUGAAGCUUCACGCCCCGAAGCCAACCAUGUCGGCCCAGAGCGCGAAGCAGCGGGUUCAGGCUGUGACUCGUACGGAUUCGGACAAGGCUGCUUCCUUCGGCAUCGGCAAGCCUAGCAGUGACGAGACCCGUCCUAGCAGUCUCCGAAAGAAGGCCAGCUCAAGUCAAAUGUCCCAGAAGUCGGAAAGUGUCUUCGGCGACGAGGAACAUGGUAUUCCCGAAAUUGGCCAGCGUGUGCCCAUGAACCCCCACCUUGGUGAUGUUCAGGCUCCGUCUCCCGCGCCGGGCUCUGCUGCUGCACCCGAGUCUUUGAGGUCCGGAACCCCUCGUCACCACUCUCGCAAGCACAGCUCGCGUGGCGUCAACGAGCUGCCGCCGGGCAGCUACGGCCUUCAUGGACACAGCUCUGCGCUCCCUACCGACAAGUUCGAGAAGGCCUGGUACGACAAGCACCCUGAUACCCUGAAGAAGGACUGCUCGACAAAACUCCACGACCGCCAGAAUGACUUUGCCAUGAGCAGCUCAGAUCUCAACAAGAUCGUUCAUGACACGCACAGCCGUGGGUCUGGAAUGGGCACUCAUGCAGAAUAUGCUGGCACUCCCAGCGAGGAGGUCGGCUACCAUGCGUCUGAGGAGUACACCUCUCGCAUGUCCUCGCCCCGCCCCGCCUCGAGGUCUCCAGAGCUCCAGCGCAUCAAGUCCCCGUUGAGCCCUCUUAAGGACUCUCACCCCGAUAUUGCCGUUUCCUCCGCGGACAACGCUGAUGACAGCACUGUCCACGUUGACGAAUCUCACAACCGCCGUAAGAGUUUCAUUUCCCAAGACCCUGACCAGGAGAGCAAGUACAACGCCCCAAUCCUGGCAGACGAUGAACGGGAGAAGGACGUCUACCACCCGUACGACCUGCAGCCAGCGGUUGAGCCCCCACCAGAGCGCUCCGGCAGCGCCUUCGAGAUGGAAAAGGCGACGAGCCGGCCCACCAGCCGCCCCACUAGCAUCUACAACAACCAGUCACAGACGGAGCUGGCUUCCACUCCCCUGGAAGACGUUGAAGAGUAUGAGCCGCUGUUCCCCGACGAGGAAGCUAAGAAAGCGGAGGCAGAGGCCAACUCAUGGAAGCCCCGCCACAAGUUCCCCAGCAAGGAUGUUUGGGAAGACGCACCCGACAGCGUGAACUACACCGCCGAAGUGUCAACGCCUGAGCCAGCAGAGACUGAACGUCCCUCCUCUCGACGAAGGUCUGAACCUCGCACCGAAACCCCCGCACACGCUUUUGCAAGGAAACAGGAAGAGCUUGCCGAACAGGAAGCUCGAGGUCUGGAUACCAGAGACAAGAAACCAGUUCCUCUGCCUCUACAGCAAACCAAGGAGCAAGACGCUCGCCCAGCCAUGGCCAACCGAUUUCCCAGCCGUGACGUCUGGGAAGAUACUCCUGAAAGUUUGAUGCACGAGGCAGUCGUCGACACCCCCGAGCCCGCUGAGGAUGCCCCUACCGAAAAGCCUCAGAUCCCAUCUCGUCCCCAGAAGAAGGGCUCAGAGUCCAGCGCCACUUCAGAACGACCGGCUAUUCCGGAGCGACCCAAGUCGAAACAAACCCCGCCGAUUUCUGAAAAGCCCAAGCCUACAAUCCCGGCUCGUCCUACCAAAACCCUACCGUCCGGCACCGACUCCAAGGAGCAAGAUGCGGCUCCUAAGCAGAAGCCUGCUGUCCCCGCUAGACCCGUCGGCGGCAAGAUUGCAGCUCUCCAGUCUACCUUCAUGUCCGACCUCAACAAGCGUCUUCAGCUUGGCCCUCAGGCCCCUAAGAAGGAGGAGCCGCCCGCGGCAGAUAUGGUUGAAGAGAAGGAGAAGGCGCCCCUCUCCGAUGCUAGGAAAGGUCGUGCUCGUGGCCCUCAACGCAGAGCUCCCGCCAAGGCCGCAACGCCUGUCGCGGAGGCCAAAUCUUCGGGACCUACUCUGUCGUUCUCCCCUCUGAGGAUAUGCUGGAGCAUCGGUGACAGCGGUGUGCUCGAGGUUGAUAAUGACGCCAAGCCGGAGGACGCGAAGGCGACACCAGAGGCUGAAGUUGCUCCCUCAGAACCUAAGGAGGCCGAACCAGUUGCGACUGAAAACACCAAGAUCGAGGAGGUUACAGCCAAGGAGGAAACGCCGUCGCAGAAACCUAUCGAGGAAGACAAGGCUGAAGCCAAGGAAGAGACUCCGGCCGAGGAGAAGAUCGAGGCCGAGGCGCCGAAAGAGGAGGUGAAGACCCUGGCCGCCAACAUGGCUGGUGAGCCGGUGGUCGAAGCCACCAUUGAAGAGAAGAAAGACGAAGUUGAGCCUGUCGCUGUUAAGCAGACGGGUGGUGAAGAAGCAUAG